AUGGCCAACUCCAUCAUUGGUGCUGGGGUUAUUGGUCAACCAUACGCAUUUCGGCAAGCUGGAACGACAAUGGGAAUAAUACUGUUGAUUGCGCUGACCGGCACCGGUGCACCCGGGAGCCACAGUGCUCUCUUCGGACUUACACUCGAGGGGAAGAAAAAUACCGAUGCUGCCAAAGGCAGCUCCGCACCAAAACCUAGUGGCGGCGAGGAGCCUGCCACCGAUGGUGGUAAACAACCAGAAGCCGGCGACACCAGCUCGUGA